AUGUUUCACCGACCCACCAAACUCGCCUUGGGCAUUUCAUUUAUCACGGCCAUUUUGGUCGCUAACAUGUCUGGGCCCCAAUACGUUUACCCAUCGUUUGGUACAUCUCUUGCAGCCAAGUUCAAUUGGACGGCUUUACAAAAUAGCCUUGUCAGCACUGCCAGCUUCAUUGGUGUAUCAUUCUCUGGUCCACUAUGUGCUUGGUUGGUUGAACGAUUCGGCAUUCGUGGCACAUUGAGAAUAUCGGGACUUUUGGCAUUUGCAGGUCCAUUCUUGUUGGCACAAACGUAUGCUGGUCGCCUACCGAGCCACUUUAUCUUAUGUGCACUCUACUUGGUCUGCCUUGGUGUUUCUGGUGCCGCUGCCUAUCUUUGUGCUUUAGAUUCGCAGUCACACAACUUCAAAUCUUAUCGUGGAAUGAGCAUGGGUGUCACCAGUGCCAGCUUAGGCCUAUGCGGUGUCGUCUUUUCACAAAUCGACGACCAUUUCUUUACUGAUAAUGACUAUGGCUUAUUGAUCUUCAUGGCCACAGUAAUGGCAGGCGUUAUGGGCUUGGGUGCUUUUAUUCUCGGACCUCUUACACCCAAGUCCGACAACGAUCAAGUCCCUGUUAAUCAUGAUGCAGAUGAAAACGCGCCUUUGCUUCCAUCUACUACCAACCAACGCCCACGCGAUAUCUCAGGCUUCGAGUUUUUCACUCAUCCAGUGGGCUUUUCUCUUUUCAUAAGUUUGUUUGUGUGCCUUGGUUUGGGCUAUGUUUACCUUGCCAGUAUCGGUCAAUUGUUACUUGCACUUCCAACAUCGGAUGCCACAACCUCUUCUCCUCAACACCUACGCAACGUACACGUAUCCAUCUUUAGUCUUUCCAAUUGUGCUGCAAGGGCUGUGAAUGGCAUCCUUAGUGAUGUUCUCAAAAAACGAUGGGGCGUAGAUCGUCUUUGGAUGUUUGUUGGUGCCACUACAGGUCUUUUAGCCACAAUGACUUAUCUCGUCACCUUUGUAUCCACCACUGAAGACCUUUUACCAUGCACUAUUGCUGUUGCAAUCAUGUAUGGCACGGUGUUUGGUGUAUCACCAGCAGCUACCACUGAAUUCGGUACCGAGUCGUUUGCUCGCAACUGGGGAUGGUUGCUUUAUGCACCUGCCAUUGGUAGUCAAAUCUUUAACAUUCUAUUUGGUGCCCUUUAUGACCGAGAAGCGGAGCGGCAAGGUACUCAUUUGUGUCACGGCACUGCAUGCUUUAGAGGAACUUUUCUUUUUGGCAUCGGUUGUGCGCUUGCAUGUCUCUCAGUAUUAGCGUGGGCCAUUGUCAAAAUGCGUCUUUACAAGCCAAACAAAUUGCAGUAG